UCUCGAACCGUACGGUCUCGAUGCCAGUCGCGUUUCUGCACUUCUCCGUCGCCGUGCUAUCCCCAUCGCGUACGUGUUCCGUUCCUCUCGCGCGAUUCUUACGUGUUCUCGCGUGCGUCUGUUCCACUCCCGGUGUGGUACACCGAUCCUUUCCGUCGAACGCGCCCACGGUGUAAAUACUUUCUAUUCUGACCUCGGUCGGUUGAUCGAAACGUGGGCGACGGGAACAGCCAGGCAGCGGCGUAGAGUCCCGCGUAGUGUACCAGGAAAAAAGUGACACGCGUUUCAGCGCGAUCCUCCGGGUGUUUUAUUCCAGACGUAAUGGGAAUGACAGUGAACGGGACGGAACAGACGAACGUUCGUGCGUUCAUGCCCGACGCUGACCACGAUCGAAUAGGAUCGUAAACAAGUUUCUCUCGUGUGCAUGUGUGUACCGGUGGACACGCGCGUGUAAUGUCAGAAAUUUACUCGGACCGUUUUAUCGGUACGCGUGCAUAAUCGACUUCGUUGCGUGCGCGCGAUUACGGGAGUUAUUUCCCGCGUGUUUCGCGAUCGAACGGGACAAGCGUCGUCACGUAUGCCUCGUUCGGGUUACCGUGCGUCCAGCGACGAUCCACGCGACGUCGAAUUUCGGUUAGAUCUCGCCGAUUGACCGUUACGCAGCGUCUCGAGGAUCAGUGCAGCGUUAGAGUGCAACAGGACAUUCGCGUUAGGUUAGGUCGUAGUGUCAAGAUCGAACUGGUUCCCCCCGUGGCGCGGUCAUCGAAAGGAUAUACGAGUGUUUUCGUUAGAGCCUUGCAGCGGAAUCGAGGAUAACGCGGACGGUUAUGAUGGGUGUAUUGAGAUGGAGGCACGACCUCAGAUCGGAUGCCGGCCAGCAGCAACAACAACGACCUACCACCGACCGGUCCUCCACAGGACACAACAAUCACGCGCACGCGCACACCCACACACUGCCGAAACUUAUAUCACAAACCCCGAGGGAGGAGAGGGCAGCUUCGAGUCCUGGUAAUCAGAAUAAUCACACACCUACGCCGUCUCCGUCGCCGGUCGGGGAUGCACCGGUUGGCAGGGCUCUUAUGGAGGCUGCGCUACAGCAAGCCACUUCCGGAUCUCAGCCACCACUGGUGGUGACACCUCCUGGAUACUGGGUCGACGGUACCGAUCACAGGCACGCCCUGGACUCGGCUGGCAGGGCGUUACUUCCGGUACAGCCUGCCUGGCAACCCAGGAUAGACCAGGAUGACACCGCCAAAUGUUACAGGCGCUUCUUCGUUGGCAGGGAGCAUGUGAACCUGGUGGGAAGAGAUGGAGAAAACGGGCCGGUCCUGGUCUCGGUGAAGGCUGAAACGGUCGCUGGACAGGAGCACUGGCGAGUCUUGUUGCGAUUGCGAGCAGGCUCGACCCACGAAUUGGUACCAGCCACGAACCUCGGCCCAAAUCCGUCUCCUGCAAAAAUGGUCAAGGCGAUCAAUGAAAACCUGAACGUGGGUACGCUGAUGCCAGUGGUCUGUUCCGGCGCUGGUGCUUUGAUAGCACGGUACGACGAGCACGCGUUGGUGUCCAGGUUUAAAUUCGGUGUUCUUCAUCAGCGGGAGGGCCAGGUCACCGAGGAGCAACUAUUUGGGAACAGACAAAUCACACCGGCUUUCCAGGAGUUCCUCGACUUGCUGGGCCAGAAAAUCGAUCUGAAGGAUCACAAAGGAUAUUGCGGAGGUUUGGAUACCAGACACGGGCAGACGGGAGAUUCCGCGGUGUACGAGGUGUUUCGAGGGCGAGAAGUGCUCUUCCAUGUCGCGUCUCUUCUUCCAUACAGUUCAGGGGACUCCCAGCAACUGCAACGCAAACGACACAUCGGCAAUGACAUCGUUGCGAUAAUAUUCCAAGAGGAGCCAACUCCUUUCAGUCCAGAUAUGAUCGCCAGCCACUUCUUACAUGCAUUCAUCGUGGUGCAAGUCGUUGACCCCUGCACUCCUAAUACCAGGUACAAAGUAAGCAUCACGGCGCGAAACGAUGUUCCCUGGUUUGGUCCAGCAUUGCCAGCGCCGGCUGUAUUUAUGCGAGGAGUCGAAUUCAAAGAAUUCCUUCUGACGAAACUAGUGAACGCUGAAAACGCCGCGUACAAAGCUGAGAAGUUCUCCAAACUCGAGCUGAGAACGAGGUCAGCUCUUUUGGAGUCGUUGACGGAAGAGUUGCAAGGAAAGACUGCAGAGUUUCUUGGGGGAGCGAUUGGUUUAGGAGGUCCUGGUUUGGGAUAUGGUGGAAACUGCCCGGUAAGUCCGACGGCGAGCGACGCGUCAGGAUCUGGUAGCGGAGGAAGCGGUUCUAGGUUCAUCGAUACAGUUCGAAAGGCGUUGAUAUCGCGGGUUCGAAACGCGUCCACGGAGAGCGUGCCCCAGCAGUUAUCGAAGAAGGGUCAAUCGGAACCCAGUCCACCCAGCAAUCGACAAUCGACGACGAAGAUUGGCGGUAAGCGUUCGAUAGAACCCUCGAGUCCGUUAGGGUCCCCCGAUUUGACCCUUCGAAGAGAUUCGGAACGCGGGAGCCCCAGUUUAGGGAGCCAGGACAGUAGUUUAUCUAAUACAGACAAUCAAGAUAGUAGUUUGGCCACUAUACAGCAAGACGAAGUCGAUCGUAGGGAAUCCACCGCAUCAGUUUGUGCCAGCAAUGAUACAACUGUUGCGGACAAAACUUCCGUACCGUCCGUCCAGAGACUGACCCACGAGAACCUAAGGAAACAAGAGAGAUCAGAGAAGACGGAGACAACGCAACGUAUUAUUUCAGAGAGCGACGACAGUUCGUUAAACAGCGAGUUGGAACUCGACCAGGUCGUGUAUCCGGACAGCGAUACAGGCCUUGAAUCGAUGAGCUCCGCGGAAACACACGACACUGCAAGGUGUACGGCUAAAGAUGGCGUUCUAGAAAAUGAAAACCUGAAAAUGGAAGUUACAAGACUUAAGUGCGACAAGUUGCAUCUACUCAAGCAGAAUGUGACUUGUCAGCAUGACAUAAAACGUCUACGAGAGAAAGAGCUACAAUUGCAAUCGGACCUUGCGGCCGCAUCGACGGAAAUCCUUCGAUUACGAGCAAUGUUGAAGGAAUGUUCAACGAGUAUUCCAUUGGACAACAACAACCAGCAAACGUCAACUGUUUAAAACUCUCUCUAAGAUAUGUUUAACACAUCUAUAUUGGCGAGUAACGCCCUGUUACGAUUAUUAGAUUUUAAUAAUUAGUGGAGCGCAGUAGUUGAAAACUCUGUAUACCUUUACCAUUUCGAGACGGUCCCUUACGAAGGGACCGUCCCGAAAUCCAAUUGCAGAGGGUUUAAAAACAUGCAAUCGAGAUGCUUUACAUUUUGUUUUAACUAUAUGGUUGAAUCUUCCUUAGAUAGAAAUUGGUACAAACGCUGUAUGUUAGACGUGAUUGUCAGUGCACGAGAUAUUUAGAAAACAAAAAAUGAGUCUGCGAUAUAUAUAAUUAUAGCGACACGUCUUUCGAAAGAUAUUUGCAGCGUAGCUUAAUUGUUACUUGUGGUAUAAUACAUGUUUGACUUUUUAACCAUAUUAUUUAUCUAUUAAUUUAUUAAUAGGUAUAAGUUUAACCUCUAAUAGUCAAUAUAAUUAAAAAUAAAACGAUCACGCAAAAUACAUGGAAACUUUAAAAUAUAGAUAGAAAACAAUAAAAAGAAGUAGGUGCAUCUUGUCAUUAUAAUAUUAGAAAGUUUAGAAAUAAAACGUAAACUGGCCUUUAGACUUAGUGUUUCUGAAAUUAAGUGUAACACACACAAAUUAAUAUAAUACAUUUUAUCUGUAAUAAUUAAUUAUUUCCAAAAUUUAGAUCGUAUAUAUACAUAUAUAUGCGUUGGAUAUGUAUAUGUAUAUAUAUACAUAUGUGUAUGCAGGCCUCGUGUUGUACGAAAACAGUAUAAAAGCGACUGAUUUAAGUAUCAACAACGCUUAUGGGUCUAUAGAAAUAUGUAUUUUCUCGAUAUAUUUCUGACGUCUCAUGUUGAAACAAGGAUAAUGUAUCGUUAGUAAACAGUAUUUAUCGCGGUAAAUUUACCGAAACCAUUGCUAGUUUUGUUUUAGUAUUAGUCCGAAACAGUUUUAGAAAAUACGAAAUGCCUCGUUGAAUUAAUCUUCCGAUAUCAUUAGCCAAUUUAGCGUAAGAUUAGGUUCCCUAGCCAUUUUAACGAUUACAAUGAUUUAGCUGCACCAAAUUUGUUUAAGGGCACGAAACGUAUCGAUGUGUCAAUAGCGUACGAAAUAGGAGACGUUUUAUCGUUCAUCGUUUACUAAUACGCUAAUUGUGAACUAAGUAUUUCUUCAUUUGCUUAGUUACGCGCUAUAUUUUCAUUAUUAUUUUUUUUCUCUGACGGUAUUAGUACGAUUUAUUAUUAGUAAUAGCAAUCACGUUGUAUUUUAUAUAAACUUCUUUUGUAUAUAAGAUCGAAAGUGUUUAAGAAAAGAAAGAACAGAGGGACACGAAAGAGUUCACUCAUAUAUAAUACCAAAGUUUACCAUAGUAAAAAUCUACUUCUCUUAGUUUUUCUACAUUCCUUUUCAUACGAUAUUCGCCUCUGGAACCGCGUAUAAAAAUAGCAUAUACUUUUUCUCGAUUGACGAUCUUUUCUACAAAGUUCAUUUCCCGAAUUUCAAUAAAAAAACUUUAUAUAACUUUACAAAUACUUUGCAACUAUAUUACAAUUAUCACUGCCUAUACGAUGUCGUUUUCGAGCGAGUUUUCUCAUUCUUUUUCAUGAAACUUCUGGUUUCCCGAUAUAACGUAAUCCUUUCAAUUAUUUACAAUGCUUUGAUAUCGGAAAACCGUUAAUCAUGAACUUUAGCCGCGAGAACGAGUUGUAUUUUACGAAAAUUUCGUGUAAAAUUUUGUCGCCGGAAGCCACCACGAGAAACAAAUCGCAUAUUUCGAAACCAAUAUUUUUUGGCGAUUUAACAUAAAAAUUGUUUACUUAUGAAUAUAGAACGAAAGGAUACUGGGAAUUAACAGUUCAAAUGCUAUUUUUUGACUGUACUAAUGACAACCACAUAGUAUAUUUUAUACAGUUUACGAUCGAUGUAUUUUCACAAUGUUGUUUUACACUGUAUGUUAAAAGUAAGUCAGUUGACAAUUAGAUUUCAUGGAUAUUUAUGAAACAUGACUGGGUUUAUCAUUUUUUUCACGUUACAAAUGCCAUGAGUUAUACAACUGCUAAUAAAAAAAAAAAAAACAGUAAGCUAAUUAAAUUCGUCGAGAUGUACGGUAAAUUCGUAAAAUAGCAAAACUUAAAAAUAAAGGCAAAAAUAUACAGGGUGUUCUGCACCCCUGGGAACAAUUUUAA